CACUCCUUGGGAUCCUCAAAAGACUCAAAAUCUUGGCCGUUCAAUUCACGUCCGAAGGGUCCUCAAUGGAGUACACGUGCUGCCUAUCUUUUCUCCCCUUUUUAAUUUUUGGCUUCCAUGCAUGGAAUUCUCCUCCAACUACAGGACAAAGAAGAGAGAGAGAGAGAGAGAAAGAGUCAUGGUUUUUGCUUUGAUUCUUCUCUUCGUAUGCCCCUUCUUCGCCAUCAUUGGCGGCCCGUCUCUUUGAAAUUUCCUUUUUCUUUUUUGAAACUCCAUUGAAUUUUUAGUAUUGAAGAGUGGUUUAUGUUAUGUAUAUGUGUACUUGAAAAUGGGAUUCAAGGGGUCUCCUUUCUAUGGGUUGGAUCUCGUAGUUACACGACAGAAAACUGUGACGUCUCAACACCGUGGUAGUUGAAUUUGAUCGUCUCUUGAUCAAUCAGUAGUUAAGGAAAAAAAAGAAGCAAACUUGAUGGGCCAUUUUGUUUGCUUUUCGAUCUGGGUUUGAUUCUCUGUUUCUUUAUCAUCUUUUUUAAGAUGAUGAAUUAAUGCUGCAUUCUUGUAGAUAUAAGGUAAACUAUGAGUAACUGAUCUUGUUUUGUUUACUGGGCAUUUUUUAGAUUUUAGUGAUAAGAAUCAGGUCAACAAAUGGAACCAAAUCAAAAGAAGAAGUUCAUCUGCAAGUUUUGCCACAAGAGGUAUCCGUGUGGCAAGUCCUUGGGUGGUCACAUCAGGACUCACAUGAAUAAUAAUGGCGGCAACACUGCUGCAGCAGAAGAAGGUGUAGCUAAGCUCGACAUAGACGAGAUUCUCUAUGGAAGAAGCACUAAAAAAGAGCCGAUGCUUGAAGCUGGUGGACAAUCUGGUGGUUAUGUUCUUAGAGAGAAUCCAAAGAGAACAAAGCGGUUUGCGGAUUCAAACACACUUACUUUACAGCAAGAAAUGGUCUGUAAAGAAUGUGGUAAAGGGUUUCAAUCUCUGAAAGCUCUUUGUGGUCACAUGGCUUGUCAUUCUGAGAAGUUCAAAACCACUUUUGAAGAUCAAAAACUUAUAAUGGAUAGUGAAUCAGAUACUGAAACAUCGGCUCCAAGUAGGCUAAGGAGAUCCAAGAGAGUUGGUUACAAGAGUAUUGAUGUUUAUAAUACUUGUUCUUUUGAUAUUGCAAAUGGGAAUUCAUCUGUUUCAGGGAUAGAGCAGGAACAAGAGGAGAUUGCUAUGUGUUUGAUGAUGUUGUCCCGGGAUCCUAGCUAUAAAAAGGGCUUGAAUUCUUUCGCUGAUUCUUCUGAUAACAAUUCAGUGGUUUUGGAAGCUAAGUCAUCGUCUACUGAUAUGAAAAUUUCUGGGAAGAAUGGUGUGAAUUGUGUCUCCAAUUGUAACGAGUUUGAGGAAAUGAAGAAAGGAAGAGACGGCAAGUCUAAAUCUGCUGAAAUUGAUGUUUCUGAUAAUUCUGAUUCUGGUUAUUUUAGAAAUGGACCUAAGAAGUUUGAAUCUGAUGCUUCUGUUGAUGGGUUCAUUAGGAAUGGUGAAUUCAAAAAGUCUAAAGAGGAAUACGAAUCUUGUUUUGAGGACUUCGGUGUAAAAUUGGGGAAAAAAUACGAUUCAAGAAAGAAAGCAAAAACUGAUUCUUCAAGUCCUGAAACUUUCAGCAACAUUGCCCAGAAGAGAAGCCAAUUCGAGUGUUUGAUUUGUAACAAGGUCUUCCAUUCACAUCGGUCUCUCUGGGGACACACAGCUAGCCACAGUAAGAUAAACGGCUGCUGUGAAUCUAUAAAUGAGAGCGGUGAACACACCUUAGAGACCGAUUCAUUUCCUAAUAACAGUAAAGUUUCCAAGUCUUUCAAUGGCAAAAACCCAAUUGAGCAAAGUGAGUCUCGCAGUGUUGAGAAAAGAAUGGUGUCUAGGAAAAGCAAAGGCCAUGAAUGCCCAUUCUGCUUCAGGGUAUUCAAAUCUGGCCAAGCUUUAGGAGGCCACAAGAGGUCCCAUUUUGUUGGGGGAAGUGAAGAUAGAACCGUGGUAAUUAAGCAACAGUUAAAUGAUAUGCAUGGUCUAAUUGAUCUUAAUCUUCCUGCUCCAAUGGAGGAAGAGGCAACCGGCGAAGCUGGGUUCGCGCCGUGGUAGGCUUGUUUAGGGGCAACAGAAGCGUGAGUUGCUGGUGGGAUUUGAUCUCUAACUCAGAAGUUUUUAGUAUAGUUGGAUGAUGAUGAUGAUGAAGAAGAUGCAAGAGAGUCGUAAAAUGUACAGACAGGACAUAUUGGUGAAUGCUUUUUGUGUUUUCCUUUUGCUUCACAUUCAAGGAUAUGGAUUUAGAGAGACAUCACAAUUGCCUUAUUCAUGAAGCCAUUGAAAUCAGUUGUCUUUGUCAGUGAGUACCAAUGGUCAUCUUUUAAUACAAACUGGUGUAUGAUCUAUGAUAAAACUUGAAGGAAUUUUUAGUGUUAAAAGUUUUAUUGUUAUUAUUAUUAUUAGAAGAAUCUGGGACCAGCUAACCUUGCUUUAUGGGAAACACUAAAAAAAAAAGUGGGCAUUUCUAUGGAUUAGGAGAGAAGCUUCCUUUUACAAAUUUACAUGACAAACUGUGUUUUCACAUUUACUACUUCUGCUGCAUGCACAGCAUUUGUGAGCUAAGGCCAAAGAUUUGUAAUUGAAAGAGAAUCUUCUUAAAUGAAAUUUAACUGCAACUCUUUGAGUAAAUUUAUGCA